AUGAAGAAGCUCGAGUUUGGUUAUGCUGCAGGACUUGGCAGUUACGGAGUUGAGCAUUUGGGUUUCAGGCAGCGAUGGAGUCUUGGAGCUGUGGAUGAGAAUAGAGCUGAGUCGGCUAGUUUCUCAGCUCUUCCUGUGAUGGUCAGGACUCGGUAUAGGGAUUCUGCAGCUUCGGGAAUUCAAUCUUCUACACCUCCUUCAACUGUAGCUAGAACCUCCCCUACUUCUACUAGGUCUAGGUUUCCUGCAACUGAUGGGAAUCAAUCAUUUGCAACUCCUUCGGUCGCACAUAAAUCUCCUCCAUUCCCAAGUACCGCAACUCCAUCAACUGUGGCUAGCUAUACCAUCAGCAUAGCUAGUCCUACUCUUACUGUCCCUGUGAUUAAAUCUUCUGCAAACCCAUCAGCGUGCAGUAUAAGCUUAACUUCAUCAGCGUCUUCUCCUGGAUUUCAAUCUUCUGCUUGUAGCACAACUGCCUCUGUCACCCGGUCUGUGUCUUCAUCUAAUGUUGAUGACUCAGAAUUUCAUCAAUGCCCCUUUGCUGGGCUAGACGGCUGCAAAAAUGGCUUGGGAUGA